GGUCUGAGAAGCGCAUAUAAAAGUCGCCCAUAUCACUGCUUUCUAGAGAGAGUCAAUUCAUUUCAACCUCACAAUCAUCUACACAUCAUUGCACUGCUGCAUCAAAUCGCUACUCCAUAUCACCGAUUCAUCAUCUUUACAAUGGGUUUCCACGGCCGUUACACCACUGAGAAGGUGACCUAUCCGUCUCAUGGGGAGACCAUCACUGGUGUCCUUUACAAGCCCCACGGCGUCGCCAAUCCGCCUGGCAUCGUGAUCCUAGGUCCCUAUUCGUUUGUCAAAGAGCAAGCUCCGUUGCAGUAUGCCACGCGACUUGCUAAUGAAGGCUACGCUGCCUUGAUAUUCGACCCACGCACUGUUGGAGAAAGUACCGGCCAGCCACGUCGUCUGGAAAACCCUGUGAUGAAGAACGAAGACGUGGUCUCCGGUAUCGAUUAUCUCGUCAGCAGGGGCGACGUAGAUGCGAAGAGAUUGUUCCUCGUGGGUGUCUGCCAGGGAGGCCCCGAGUGUCUUGAUGUGGCGUCCUAUGACGACCGCGUUGUCGCCGGCGCUUCCGUGACAGGAUACUACCGCGACCAUGAGACGGAUGUCUGGAUGAUAUGCUCCGGCUGCGUCAAUGUCGAGCCAGGUGUCGAUGUAGGAUCUUUGAAGAUGCCUACGCCCAAGCAAGGAGAAGCCCUCUAUUAGGCGUGAAUCCAACGAGCCAAAGAUGCCAAGGCCCUGUAUGAAAAGACGGGGGAAGUCAUCUACCAACCUCUUGUCGACCCCAAAGCUGCGGAUCCGAACAUUGGCUCCCUUGCCGGGCUCCCUGGACCAGUCACAUGGUCGUGGUAUGGCCCCUGGACCAUGAAGGGCUUCGAAAACCGGUUGCGGUCAUGAGCGAUUUGGAUCACUUCGGCUAUUCCACCGUCGCUGGCGUGGCCAAGCUCACUAAACCGGCUUUGGUGAUUCAUGGCAAUAAUUGCAUCAAUGACGCUGCAGCAAAGAGACAUUUUGAGUCGAUCCCGACAAAGAAGAAGAAGAAACUGAUUUGGGACGAUGAAAUUUCGCAUUUUCAGCACUACGAGCAGCCGGAUGUUGUAGUUAAGAACGUAUGUGAAAU